AUGGCCUGUGCUGUUUUCCAGAUACCUCCAUGGCAUCUUGAUAGAAAAUACAGCUCAUGUUCCACCAUAUUGCUAGAUAACAGCACAGUCAGCCAGCCUGAUCUUAGACACACACUAGAAAGAUAUGCAAAUAGAUCUCUGGCUAUUUUUGAAGAGCCAAUACAUCCACUUUCACAAGACAAGGCUCCAGGGAAAUCCUUCGAGCAUGAUCCCAAACGCAACUGUAUUUUCAGAUAUUUCUGUACUCUUUUUCAAGUCAUAAAACUAACAGCUCCAUGUGCAAUCGCAGCUUUGGUGUACAUCGAACGACUUUUAACUAGUGCUAACAUUGAUCUUUGUCCUACUAAUUGGAAAAAGAUUGUCCUUGGAGCCAUGCUUCUUGCCUCCAAGGUUUGGAGAAAUCGUGGUCUGUGCAGUGUGGAUGACAGCCAGAAUCCCAAGGACAUUGCAGUUGAGAACAUGAGCAAGAUGGAGAAGUGUUUCUUGGAGCUACUUGAGUUUAAUAUUCAUGUAUCUGCCAGUGUCUAUGCAAAAUAUUACUUCGACCUGCGUGCCUUGGCAAAUGACCAUGACCUGUACUUUCUAUUUAGUUUUCUUCACAAAGAUAAAGCACAGAGACUAGAGGCUGUGUCACGGCCGUGUGAAUACAAAGACUUGCAUCGAGAUGCAGCUGCAUUGAAAAGGGCUAUCAGCAUGAACUUCAUUGGGUCGCCCCUACCCGGGGCUGGGUAUUUUCCCGGCGUCAGACCUUUCUGGAUCCCGGAGGAAGCAAGUGAAACCGGCUUUGCCCUCUGCACCGCCCUGUGGACGCGGCCAGGAGGCCUGGGCUCCUGCCUGCCACACGUGGCGCAUGGAAAACUCAGUUCGGGGGGAGUCGCGGUGCUCCUGGGCGGGGAACCUCCUCGAGCCUUGGGGAUAGGAGGGCCACCCCUUAAGGGUCGGCAGUAG